ACUAAAGUAAGGACACGCCAUUGCAUGUAACUGUGCAACAAACUUAAUAUAAAAACGCUUUAGUUUUUUGUAAUUUUAGUAUAUAUUUGGUAAAAAUGGCAACGGCAGAGUGGGAUGAAGUCACUUAUAUUAGGAAAAAGCAACCCAAAGCCAGUCAAUUGCGUUCUCAGCAGGCUAUUAAUUCAGCCCAAAGACAAGGAUUGACUGUGGAAACUUCAAAGAAAUAUGAUGGUGGUCAUAACAGACAAGUUAAGGGAGACAAGAACACUGCCAAGUUAGACCGUGAAACAGAAGAGCUCCAUCAUGAUACAGUCUCCAUGGAUGUGUCCAAACUGAUCCAGCAAGGACGCAGUGAGAAGAAGCUCACUCAGAAAGAUCUGGCUACAAAAAUAAAUGAAAAGGUCCACAUCAUCACUGAAUAUGAAAAUGGAAAGGCAAUCCCUAACCAACAAGUACUAGCCAAAAUGGAGAGAGUUCUUGGGAUGAAAUUACGUGGCAAAGACAAGGGCCAACCGCUUGGGGGCCCCAAAAAGUGAUGAAUCCCUUUCUGGGGCCCACACUUGAACAUGGAUGUGGUAAUCUUGUAAUAUAAACUGUCAGCGCAGAUAGAGUCAUUAUACUUGUAAGCUUCUUAACUGUACCUGUAAAGAAAAAUGACAGAUCCAUGCAAAUUGCCACUCUGCUUCUUUAUAUUAAGCAAGGUUGAUGGUUUUGUAUUUUACUGUUCGAGUUUAAACUGUUUUACAAGUUAUUUUGAUAAAAACUUAGGUUGAUGGGUUCUUAUCAAUAUUGUUCACCACAUCCAAUGUCUGUUUUGUACCAUUUAUUUUUCAAUUUUACAAUCAGACUUUAUUGAACAUCUGUAUUAUGGAUGUAAUAAACAUCUUUCUACACUUA